AUGGGGCAAGCGUCGCUACUUUCAAAACCUAAGGAUGGGGAAAAAUUGGUCGUCUAUCUGGGAGUGUCAGAGCACGCUCUUAGCGCAGCAUUAGUUCGGGAGGAAGAAUGGAUGCAAUACCCCGUCUACUACGUCAGCAAGAGGUUGGUGGAUGUGAAAACAAGGUACAUACUGAUGGAGAAGCUCGCAUACUGCCUAGUCACAACAUCGAGGAAGUUGCGUCCCUAUUUCCAAGCCCAUCAGAUCGACGUUCUGACCAACAAAAGGUGCAAAGAUGGUGGCAUACCUGCUCAAAGCGCGCGAACUUCUGGCCCUUCUCCCAAGAUUCGAGGUACGCAGAUUCCCCGUUCUCAAAAUUCUCAUGCGGACGCACUAGCUCGACUAGCAACUGCGCGAGAUACAAAGUUCCUGGGGGCUAUACUGGUGGAAUUUCUAGCUGCCCCUAGCACGGAACAAUCGGCUGAGACGAUGGAGAUUGGCGCGCCCCAGGGUUCAUGGAUGAGUCCUAUUCUGGAAGAUCUACGGGGCAAAAAGCUGCCAAUAGACAAACUCGAAGCGCGCAGACUGCGAGCUCGAGCUAUCCGCUACUGUAUCCACGAUGAGGUGUUGUAUAAGCGAGGAUUCACAGCUCCACUGUUAAGGUGUAUCGAGGGCCCCGAUUGUCGGAUCGUGUUGGAGGAAAUACAUGCUGGACAUUGCGGUAACCACGCUGGGGCUCUGUCACUAGCCCAGAAAGCACUUCGGCAGGGAUUCUAUUGGCCCACGAUGAAACAUGAUGCGAUAGAGCUGGUAAAGAGAUGUGAAAAGUGCCAACAGUUUGCUAAAGUCCCGCGAGCUCCUCCGGCCUAUCUCUAA